AUGGCUCAGAGACCAGCUAAUAGUGGAGCACCUAGCCCCUCUCCUCUUUUGAGCGUCGUCUACGGCGCGCCCCCUGGUCAACCUCCCGCGUCAGCCAUAACAGCGUAUUCGCCCUUCUGCCAGGAGUCAUCACCGAUUCCGCCAUCCGCAUUAUAUGGUCUUCUUCUACCACGCUGGGAUUUAUCAUCCAGCAGUAGAAAUCCCGGUGGAUGCCCCUUAAGAUCGGGCUUGCGAUUCGCUGCCGCUACUGCAGCCCUCCGAGACUUUCCUAUGGACGAAAGGAGACGCAAUAUACUUGGACAGACUAUGCAUUGUCAGCGUACAGAAGGACUUGGGGCUAAUGACAUGGCUUGGAGGUCAGCCCAUCCGGCAAGGCAGGAUCGCGGUGGAGUGACAGCAGCCUUUGAGAAGGACGAUUUUGAGGCUCCUAACGUGCAAAUCAACUUCGCUCAACACGACCUCGCUUGUAAACAGCGUGCCCUGGAACACCUGGAGCAGCGUUGUCUCGAGGCGGUCGCUGUGGAGGAGCGUCGACGCUUCGCUGAACUCUCCACUUGUCUCAAUCCUCUCCUAUAUCUUAAACCCAUCCACUACCUGAUAAGUCCACUCUUUCUCGAAGUAGCCGGUAACAACUGCUUUCCCUUGAGCUCCCAGGCUCAGUCAGCUCCGUUGGCUGCUUUGCCAGUUGGAAUGAUCAUUGGUGAAACCAUCUUUUUGCCUGUUGAUGGUUAUCGAAUUCCCAUGUUGUGGAAGAGGGGAGCUGUUCACCUAAAUUGGCCCUCUCUCUUCACGGUUGGUCGCUGCAUCUGUGCUUAA